UGAUAUCAAGAAAUAAAUAUCGCAGUAUCGUGUCUCUCUGUCACACAUAAACUACGUAUCAAUCUCUAAGCUAGUAGCGUCUUUCUUCACUUUGCACGUUCUACUUUUCUAUCAAAUAUCUCCCCACAUUGUUUCUCUUUCGAACAAGACAAACGCUUCUCAAAACACUUCCAUUUUAAAUAUUUAUAUUCCCUUUUGAAGACCCGCAAUAUCAUAUCUUCUGCCUGAAGAAAAGGUGUGUUCUAUCACGCUCUCCCUCUGUUUCUCUCUCCACCCAUCUUUGAUUUCACAUAAAGAUAUGGUGAAUCCAGGAUUGUUUUCUGGGAAUAAGUCCGUGAAUUCGGUGAAAGUAAGCUUCCGGAUACCGUAUUUUACCCAAUGGGGUCAGAGCUUGCUGGUGUGUGGCUCUGUUCCAGCGCUUGGUGCCUGGAAUGUGAAGAGGGGUGUGUUGCUCAGUGUUGUUCAUCAAGGGAGUGAGCUCAUCUGGGGUGGAAGCAUCACAGUGCCAAGAGGGUUCCAAUGCCAGUACAGCUAUUAUGUUGUAGAUGAUAAGAAAAAUGUACUGAGAUGGGAGAUGGGGAAGAAGCGCGAACUGAUACUACCUGAAGGUGUUCAGAGUGGACAUGAGAUCGAGUUCCGUGAUCUUUGGCAGGCUGCCUCAGAUUCCCUCCCUUUCAGAAGUGCUUUCAAAGAUGUCAUUUUUAGGCAAAGCUGGGAUUUGAGCGAAGCAACUGUAGGAGACAACCACAUAAAUUUUGAAUCGGAAAGAGAAGCUGUCUUGGUCCAAUUCAAAAUUUCCUGCCCUAAUGUUGAGAAAGACUCAUCAAUAUAUGUCAUUGGUAGCAACACAAAGUUGGGUCAGUGGAAGGCUGAAAAAGGACUAAAACUCAGCUAUUUUGGCGAAUCUGUCUGGAAAGCUGAAUGCGUGAUGCAAAGGAGUGAUUUUCCAAUAAGAUAUAGAUAUGGAAAGUAUGAUAGGAGUGGUAACUUUUCUAUAGAGAGUGGUUCAAACCGAGAAGUUUCCACCAACUCCACAAGGAAUGAUGUGAAAUAUAUUUUUCUCUCAGAUGGCAUGCUGAGGGAAACACCUUGGCGUGGUGCUGGCGUAGCUAUCCCUAUGUUUUCUGUUAGGUCGGAAUCUGAUCUGGGUGUUGGAGAGUUUCUUGACCUUAAGUUGCUAGUCGACUGGGCUGUAGCAUCUGGUUUUCAUUUAGUUCAACUUUUACCUAUCAAUGAUACAUCUGUUCAUGGGAUGUGGUGGGAUUCUUAUCCAUACAGUUCACUAUCGGUCUUUGCAUUGCAUCCAUUGUACCUAAGAGUACAGGCUCUUUCCAAUAACAUACCGGAGGAGAUCAAGAAAGAGAUUGAAAAGGCCAAGCAGCAAUUAGAUCGGAAGGAUGUUGAUUAUGAAGCUACAAUGGCCACUAAACUCUCAAUUGCUAAGAAAGUUUUUGCUCAAGAGAAAGAUUUGAUACUCAAUUCAAGUUCUUUCCAGGAGUUCUUUUCUGAGAAUGAGGGUUGGUUGAAACCCUAUGCUGCUUUCUGUUUCCUGCGGGACUUCUUUGAAACAUCAGAACGUAGUCAAUGGGGUCGUUUUGCUCAUUAUUCAGACGAUAAGCUAGAAAAGCUUGUAUCCAAGGACAGCCUGCACUAUGAGAUAAUUUGCUUCCACUACUAUGUUCAAUAUCAUCUACAUUUACAAUUAUCAGAAGCCGCAGAGUAUGCGAGAAAGAAGGGAGUGAUAUUAAAGGGAGACCUUCCUAUUGGAGUUGACAAAAACAGUGUGGACACCUGGGUUUAUCCAAAUUUGUUCCGAAUGAACACUUCCACCGGAGCACCACCAGAUUAUUUUGAUAAAAAUGGCCAGAAUUGGGGUUUCCCUACUUAUAAUUGGGAAGAAAUGUCAAAGGACAACUAUGGCUGGUGGCGAGCUCGAUUGACACAGAUGGCAAAAUAUUUUACGGCCUACAGAAUUGAUCACAUAUUGGGAUUCUUCCGUAUAUGGGAACUUCCAGAUCAUGCUAUGACAGGUCUAGUUGGAAAAUUCCGGCCAUCUAUACCUCUUAGUCAGGAAGAACUUGAAAGAGAAGGGAUAUGGGACUUUAAUCGCUUGAGUCGCCCAUAUAUUAAGCGGGAACUGUUAGAGGAAAAAUUUGGAGCUGCUUGGACAUUUGUUGCAACAACUUUUCUCAAUGAAUUUGACAAGAACUUCUAUGAGUUCAAGGAGGAUAGCAACACAGAGAAAAAAAUUGCUUCCAAACUGAAAACUUGUGCAGAAAGUUCUGUAUUGUUGGAGAGUGAAGACAACCUACGGCGCAAUCUCUUUGAUCUUUCACAGAAUAUAGUUUUAAUCCGUGAUCCAGAGAAUCCAAGAAAAUUUUAUCCUCGUUUCAACCUUGAAGAUACCUCAAGUUUCCAGGAUUUGGAUGAUCACAGCAAGAAUGUUCUUAAAAGAUUAUACAAUGACUACUAUUUCUGUCGUCAAGAGAAUCUUUGGAGGCAAAAUGCAUUGAAGACCCUUCCUGUACUUCUAAAUUCAUCAGACAUGCUGGCCUGUGGGGAAGAUUUGGGCCUCAUUCCAUCUUGUGUCCAUCCUGUUAUGCAAGAACUGGGAUUAGUUGGGUUGCGCAUUCAGCGUAUGCCCAAUGAACCUGAUCUGGAAUUUGGUAUUCCUUCUCAGUACAGCUACAUGACGGUAUGUGCCCCAUCAUGCCAUGAUUGUUCUACCAUGCGUGCUUGGUGGGAAGAAGAUGAAGAUAGAAGACUCCGGUUUUUCAAGAAUGUGAUGGAGUCCGAUGAACUGCCGCCAGAUCAAUGUAUUCCAGAAGUUGCACAUUUUAUUAUAAGGCAACAUUUUGAAGCUCCAUCAAUGUGGGCAAUCUUCCCUCUUCAGGACUUGUUAGCAUUAAAAGAAGAAUAUACAACACGCCCUGCAACAGAGGAGACAAUCAAUGACCCUACAAAUCCAAAGCACUAUUGGAGAUACCGUGUGCAUGUGAGUUUGGAAUCAUUGAUUAAGGAUAUUGACCUUCAAACCACCAUCAAAGAUCUUGUACGUUGGAGUGGAAGAUCACUCCCUAAGGAACAAGCUUCAGGAAUAGAUGCCAGCCUACUGGCAGCAUUGUCAGUAGCAGAAGCUGUUACUGUGUUGCAAGUAGCAGAAGCUGUUUCUGAGAAACAGAAGUUUUCUGGUACCACGGAAAAGCAUGUUCUUGUCAAAUAAAAAUUGUGGAUGAUGAGGUUCACCAUGCUAGCCCUACAAAUCAUGUCCCAUAACCUGCUACGAUGGAGUUAGUAAUAAUGAUCAUAUGUGUAAUCAUUUUCAUCUGUUCCUGUUAUGUUUCUUGAUCAAUAAUGCAAAUAAAUCUCGAAGCAUGUAUUGUUCUGUCUAAGUUUUAGCUAUUAAGAGAAAUGUUAGAAAUACAUUGUCUUA